AUGAAGUUAAUCUAUUUAGCAGAAAUUGUUACUGAAGUGUCUCAGGGUAAUAUCUGGAAGGAUGAUAAUGUAGACGAGGAGAUACAGAAGAAAAUAAAAAUAGUAAAAUUAAUAUUGGAUUCGAAGGAAGAUGGAGAAAUAACAGUAUCAGCAUAUGACACGGCAUGGGUUGGUCUAGUGAAAAAAAAUGUUGGGGACACGAAUUCUCCUCAGUUCCCUUCCUGUCUUGAAUGGAUUGCGAAUAAUCAGCUGCAUGAUGGUUCCUGGGGAGAUGCUCAAUUAUUCAUUGCCCAUGAUCGUAUUCUUAACACUUUAGCUUGUGUGGUAGCAUUAAGAUCAUGGAACAUGCACCCUCAAAAGUGUGAGAAGGGAAUGCAGUUUUUUAAGGAGAAUCUGUGCAAGCUUCAGGAUGAAAACCCAGAACACAUGCCAAUCGGGUUUGAAGUUACUUUCCCUUCUCUUCUCGAUUUAGCUAGAAUUUUGGAUGUUGAAGUGCCAGAUGAUUCCCCUAUCUUGAAAAACAUCCUUGCAAUGAGAGACCUGAAGCUUAAAAAAAUACCAAGAGAGAUUCUGCACAAAGUGCCUACAACACUGCUCCAUAGUUUGGAGGGAAUGCAAAAUUUGGACUGGAAACAGCUACUGAAGUUGCAGUGCCAAGAUGGGUCAUUCUUAUUCUCUCCAUCCUCCACAGCUUAUGCUCUCAUACAAACUAAGGAUGAAAAUGCUCACAAAUACCUGGAUAAAACACUCCACAAGUUCAAUGGGGGAGUUCCUAAUGUCUAUCCGGUGGAUUUGUUUGAACACACAUGGAUCUUCGAUAGACUUGAUCGUCUUGGAAUUUCAAGAUAUUUUAAGUCAGAAAUCAAAGACUGCGUGACCUAUGUUUCAAGAUAUUGGACUGAGAAGGGUAUUUGCUGGGCAAGGAAUUCAGAGGUUCAAGAUAUAGAUGACACAGCAAUGGGAUUCAGACUACUAAGGUUGCAUGGCCACCAAGUUUCAGCCAGUGUGUUUGAGAACUUCAAGAAAAAUGGCGAAUUCUUCUGUUUUUCUGGGCAGUCAAACCAAGCUGUGACAGGGAUGUUCAAUCUCUAUCGAGCAUCUCAAGUGCUGUUUCAAGGAGAGGAGAUUCUUGAGGAUGCCAAGAACUUCUCAGUCAAAUUUUUAACUGAGAAACGUGAAGCAAAUCAGCUCCUAGAUAAAUGGAUCAUAACAAAAGAUUUACCUGGUGAGGUGAAUUAUGCUCUGGACAUGCCCUGGUAUGCUAGUUUGCCAAGAGUGGAAACAAGAUUUUACCUUGAACAAUAUGGUGGUAGCAGUGACGUUUGGAUUGGCAAGACCCUUUAUAGGAUGCCCUUCGUGAACAAUGAUGUUUAUCUGGAGCUUGCAAAAUUGGACUACAGCAUCUGUCAAGCAGUGCAUUGUGCAGAAUGGGAAAAAAUCCAAGGGUGGUACUCGGACGCAGGACUAGAGAGAUUUGGAUUGAGCAAACAGUGUCUACUAUUUGCUUACUUUAUAGCAGCAGCCAGCAUAUUUGAGCCUGAGAGAUCUCGAGAGAGACUUGCAUGGGCUAAAACUGCAGCAUUGCUCCAGACACUUGGGUCCUUCAUAAAGGAUCAACAAACUACAAAUGUUUUUGUAGAUUUGUUCAACAACAGCAUAAACGGACGAAACUUCUCCAACAAGAAGUUGAACAAGAACAAGAGAGAGGAAGAACUCCUGAAGAUUUUACUGGCAAACCUUGAUUACCUUGGGUUCGAAGUGCUUCGGAGCCAUGGUCGUGAAUUAUCCCAUUAUUUGAAUCAAGCAUGGCAGGGUUGGUUAUCAAGUUGGCAGAAUGAAGGGAACAGUUUGGGAAGAGAAGCUGAGCUGAUUGUGCAAAUCAUAAAUGUAAUGGGUGGCUAUUGGUCAGAAGAACUACAGCUCAAUCCACAGUACCAGAGGUUGGUCCAAACCACUAAUAGAGUCUGCCAUGGACUCCGUAAUUAUAAAAGCAGCAAGGCACAUGAUAGUGGCAGAGACAAGAGGAUAACAUGCAUGACUACCCCUCAAAUAGAAUCAGACAUGCGAGAACUUGUGCAAUUGGUGCUCCAAAAUUCUUCAGAUGGGGUGCACACCAAUGUGAAGAAUUCAUUCCUCACAGUGGCCAAGGGCUUCUACUACGGAGCAUAUUGUGAUCCAGAGACCAUAAACUCUCACAUUCAGAAAGUGCUCUUUGAAAAAGUUAUGUAAAUCAGUAAAAAUGUAUAUAGGAAGUGCCACUGUUCGUAAUGUUAUUUUCCGU